UGAUUCGCUCGCUAGUGGGCGGAGUUUACGAGCAGAGAGUUAAUAGAGAUACAAUCGAGGGUGUCUAGUGCACUGCACUCGGAGCUCUCGCGUAGGAGGAGUGAACAGGGGUGUUGGGGGGAGAGAAAGGGACGCGGUAAGUAGGGACUCAGAGUCCCCUAGUUUAGACAUCACUGAGCGACGGAUGGACAGCCAGUCAGACCCGUCACAGCACUCGCUAAGAGUACUCGGAAACCUCGGGAAAAGCCUCCAUCUAAGAGUCGCGUUCUCUUUCCUUUGGACUCGAUCCAGGUUUGAUUUGGAACGAGAGAGAGAAAAAGAGAAAGAGUGGGAGGGAGAGAGAGAGAGAGAGAGAGAGAGAGAGAGAGAUAGUAUGAAUAUCUGGAAGAUUAAAGUAACUAACGAGAGUAACACUACGAGCUAAAUUGUUUCGAAUACUUUACACGAUGACACGAGAUGGUCUCUCGAAGAUUACUGUCGUCGAAACGACGCUGUGACGCUUUUUGAAAACGAGAGAAGGAAGUAUAGAGAUAGAGAGAAAGAUAGAGGUAGUAAGAAUUAGAGAGAGAGAGAGAGAAAGGGAGGGAGGGAGAGAGAAAGAGAGAGAGAGAGAGAUUGAAAGAGAGAAAGAGAGAGAGAGAGAGAGAGUGCUCGAAGGACGGACAGUGACAAGAAGAGUGUUACAUUGAGCGUUAGUGUCGCGGAGUGAAACUCGCUUGACGUUUCGAAAAUACGUACACCACGAGGAGACGUUCUCAUGGAUACGAAAAGUUGAAGAUCUCCGUUGAGAUAGAUUCUACGGUGUAAGUGAAAGAGGAGAAAGUAUUUUGAGAUAACUGAAUUCGGUGAUCCAUAGAAAAGUUUGGUAUUGAUCGAAACUCGUCGAAAGAUGAGUGUUGCUCUCGUUACCAUGGAUCCGGCGUACAGUCUCCGAUUGGGGAUUGGUUCUCCUCCUCGUCAUCAUCAUCAUCAUCAUCAUCAUCACCAUCAUCAUCAUCGAGUCAGAUCGCCCGAUCACGUGGGUCAGCCUCGUCAGGAAGAUCACCUGCAUCAUCAUCAUCGUCAUCAUCAUCCUCGUCAAGAGGACACGGAUACUCCAUUGAGAUUCAGCGUCGUUAACAUAUUACGACCGGAUUUCGGAAGAGAAGCGAUUCUCAGUACGAAGGGUACGAAACAAAACGGUUUGCCGGUACCCAGACACCACAGUCCACUUCCGCUUCCACGAGAUCUCAGUUUGGGCUCCUCAGUGAACAGCAAUAACAAUAGGCUAUCGCCGCAAUCACCCAAUUCGGUUGUGAAUCGCGAGAGAGACUCAUUCCCGUCGCAUUGCGGAUUGAGCAGAAGCGGAAGCGUCGAGAGUCUUGCGAGCAAUAGGAGUUCCGUGACAGGUAGCUCUGUCACAGGUAGCACGCCGUCCCUGAGCUCAGCGUCUUCGACUAUAGGAAGCGGCGAAUCGGUGAGUGGCGAAAGCGCGACCAGCAACGCCACCAAUAUAAAUAACCUUCCACAAAAUGGGACCAAUGGUCAAAGUCUUUGGCCCGCUUGGGUUUAUUGUACUAGAUACUCCGACAGGCCCUCUUCCGGACCACGAACGAGACGAGUAAAGCGUUCGCAAAAUAGCGGAAAAAGCGGCACGCCCGAGGAGAAGCGACCUAGAACGGCAUUCAGUGCGGAACAGUUGGCCAGGCUGAAGCGAGAAUUCGCUGAGAAUCGAUACUUGACGGAGAUACGAAGGCAACAGCUCUCGAGGGAUCUUGGACUAAACGAGGCACAGAUCAAGAUCUGGUUCCAAAAUAAGAGGGCGAAGAUCAAGAAGGCGAGCGGACAGAAGAAUCCAUUGGCCCUUCAGCUGAUGGCCCAAGGACUUUACAAUCACUCGACCGUGCCGGUCGACGAGGACGGCGAGGAGAUCGUCACGGCACGAAAUCAUUCGCAGUGAAAUUUAUCCCUGAAAUAUAAUAGGAGUCUGGUGUCUAAAUAAAAUAUAAAAAAUUAAGAUCGA